ACUGGCCGGCCGGCUACUAACAACAUAUAUAUGUUUUAAGCGAUUAACUAUAAUUAUAAACUUUGAUGGACGUUUUUAACAAAGCUAAACCUCGACCUUGUCAUACUCAGACAACAAUAAUAUAAGCCAACGUACUGUCCUAUUUAUUUGCUCCAUGUUCCACCAAACUUUAGUGUACCACAUUUGCAACAAUGUCUACUGAAGAAUUCUCCGGCGAUGCUCAGCUCUAUACCGAUGGAAGUACGAAUGGUUUUGAUCCCAAAACCGGAAUAUAUCAUACCCUGCACAACCUCGGUCGCCAUCAGAAACUCCCCACCAACCCUAACCUUGACACUGCCACAUUUGUACUGUCACAGUUCCCACCCCAUCACCAGGCCAAGUCACGAGUUGCACUCAUUGACUCAGCCACCAACCAGCGUGUCACCUAUGCACAGCUUCAUCACUCAAUUCAGUGUCUUGCCUCAGGCUUGUACCAGGGACUUGGGGUUAGAAAAGGGGAUGUGGUUUUUCUCUUGUCCCCAAACUCACUUCUGUACCCAACAAUAUGCCUGGCAGUGCUAUCCAUUGGUGCAGUUUUAACCACUGCCAAUCCACUCAACACCAAGUCAGAAAUCGGUAAGCAAGUUCGUGACUCGGGUGCCAAGCUUGCUAUUUCAACUCCUGAGGAGCUUCACAAGUUGGCCCCAACUGGGGUGCCUACAAUUUUAACAUCGAGGCCAUGGUUGAGUGGAGACAACUCUCUGUGCAUUGAAGAAUUGAUUGAAGGCUGUGAUCCAAUUCCAACCGAGUUAAUACAAGCCCGCCCAACUCAGUCGGACACUGCCGCUAUUUUGUACUCUUCAGGGACUACUGGAACAAGCAAAGGUGUAGUUCUAACACAUGCAAAUUUCAUUGCCGUUAUGACAAUGCUUAGAUGGACUGUGGACGAGACAUCAGCUCAAGAUGAUGUGUUUCUGUGCUUCAUUCCUAUGUUCCACAUCUACGGGCUCGCUUUCUUUGGUCUUGGAUUGUUUUGCUCAGGAACCACCACUGUUUUGAUGCAAAAGUUUGAGUUGAACACCAUGUUGGAUGCUAUAAAAACUCACAAGGUGAGUAACAUACCUGCCGUACCGCCGGUGAUUCUUGGACUAGUAAAGUAUGCAAGCAAAGCUGCUUGUGACUUGUCAUCGUUGAGGAGGGUAAGUUCAGGAGCUGCACCACUGAGCAAAGAAGUAGUUGAUGAGUUCAGAGAGAGGUUCCCUUGGGUCCAGAUGAGGCCAGGCUAUGGCCUAACUGAAAGCUGUGGUGCAGCAACGUUUUUCGUUUCGGAUGAACAGGCUAGGGGUCACUCUGCCUCUUGUGGUUUGUUGCUGCCAAGCUUUUGUGCUAAGAUAGUUGAUGUUGAGACUGGAGAGGCCUUGCCACCAUAUAAGGAAGGGGAGCUGUGGCUGAAAAGCCCUACUAUUAUGAAAGAGUAUUUGGGGAAUGUGGAAGCAACAGCUGCAACUAUUGAUUCAGAUGGGUGGCUGAAAACUGGGGAUCUUUGUUAUUUUGAUGAGGAUGGGCUUCUUUACAUUGUUGAUCGGAUCAAGGAGCUCAUCAAGCAUAACGGGUAUCAGGUUGCUCCGGCAGAAUUGGAGGCAAUACUUUUGAGUCAUCCUCAAAUUCUUGAUGCAGCCGUUAUACCGGUUGAAGAUGAAGAAGCAGGGCAAAUACCAAUGGCAUAUGUGGUGAGAGCAGCUAGUCCAGAUGGACUCACUGAAGACCAAGUCAUUCAAUUUGUUGCCGGCCAGGUGGCCCCCUACAAAAAAGUAAGAAGAGUUGGGUUUAUCUCUGCCAUUCCGAGGUCACCUGCAAGUAAAAUCUUAAGGAAGGAACUGGUUAAUUUACAAAGCAAACAGCAAAUAGUCUCCAGAUUGUGAUUGUUUUCUUCCUUUGCCAUACCGAGGUCAUCUGCAGGCCCAACUCCUUUUACAAAAUUCCAGGAGAAGCUAGAAAUCUGGAGGACCUUUAGAAAGUCAAACGUGUGAUGGCCUGCUAAUGCAUGAGCGAACAUAAUUAGUACCCUGUUUAAAUAUAUAUAUAUAUAUAGAGGAUAAUGGAGUUAUAAAAAUACAGAUUAUGGUGGAAAGAGUUAGAUUGCAAAGCAUGUGAUUGUCAUUUGAAUCAUACAAUUGAGUUUUUACAUUUGAAGAACCAAUCCAUGUUCUCCACUUUAAGAACCAAUCCAAUUCUCCUCUUGCUUAAUUAAUAUCGCCAACCCAUAUUGCUCACUAAUCAAAUGUUUGAGUUGAAGCAAUUCAAUGAGAGGUCCUGAAGACUAAUGACCGGAAUGAGCCACUGAAUCUGUGGUGCUUUCAGUUGUAAAAGAACAUCAAAUUGGAAAAAGCUAUAGAGCUUAGCUCCAAAAUGUUAUAGACC